AUGGCGGCGAGUAAGAAAAGAAGAGUGGAGGAGUGCAUAUCUGAAAGAUUUCUAGACACUGAGUACAAUCUGAGUGAGAAUCUCUCCAAACUUUGCUUCCUACCUUCUGUAUCUUAUGUUUAUAACCCUCUAAAAUAUGCUCGUGAACCACACUGUAAUUACAUACGAAAAUAUUGCAGAAGCACCAAGACUGUCUUGUUCGUUGGAAUGAAUCCUGGACCUUUUGGGAUGGCACAAAAUGGAGUACCUUUUGGAGACCCAAAAUAUGUCAAAGAAUGGCUUGAAGUAGAAGGAAAUGUUGAAAAACCGCCCAAAGAACAUCCCAAAAGACCAAUACUUGGUCUCGACAGCACCAGAAGUGAAGUGAGCGGGACAAGGUUUUGGGGAUUUCUAGAAAAACAUUCUGUCACCCCAGAGAAUUUUUUUGCAAGUUGUUUUGUGCAUAAUUACUGUCCACUGGUUUUCAUGACUGUAACAGGGAAAAAUAUUACUCCUAAUAAUAUACCUGCCAAUCAACGAAAAGAACUUUUUAAAUUUUGUGAUCAGGCAUUGAUAGAUGCAGUGGAUUUGUUAGGUGUUGAGUUUGUUGUGUGUAUUGGGAAAUUUGUAGAAGGAAGAUGCAAAAUACUAUUCAAAGAACACGAGGUUAAAAUCUGUAGUCUGAUGCACCCAAGCCCAGCUAAUCCCAGAGCUAAUGCAAGUUGGGAGAAGAUUGCACUUGAGCAGCUUGAAAGAUGUGGAGUCAUGACGUACAUUCGCGUGAAACACUGAGAAAUUGCUACAAUUAAUAGUAUAGACAAUAUAUUGCCAGUCACAAUACUUUGUGGCACACAUUGCCUCAGUAUCUUCUGGUACACAUUGCCAGGAAAGUAUCAGCAAGUUGCAUACGAUGCCAGAGUUUACUUACCAUACUGUGGCACACAUUGCUGCAGCUGCAGUUGAAUUAUUCAUAAGAGAACAUACUUAUAGCUAGCAUGCUAAUUGUUGGUAUUUUAUAAAAGGUCACUCAAACCUUCUCGGCUUGGGCGUGCUCAGGUGUAAUGUUGUCCCAUUUCAGACCACAUGGCUAACCAUGUGUCAUUCUCUAGGGUAUCAUUUCUUUGUUUAAUGGUUGUGCUCAGUUGCACAUGAGAAUACACAUGGGUAUGGAUACAACUCAAACAAAGAAUCGUAUUCUCAAGGGAAUGACAUGUGAUCUGAAAUGGGAAAACAUUAGCCCAAGCCGAGGAGGUAUAUUAAAGAGAAUGUGCAAUAAGUGUACAGAAUCGUAGGGGAUUUGCAGUGGGGGAAAUCUGAUUGUUUCUUGAGGCAAUCUCUCGUUUUCUCACUGGACUCUGAAGAUGACUUCCGCUCAGGUUGUAGAAACGUCAGUCACUACCAACAGCAGUCUUCUCACCCGGAUGAUCACAUUUCACAACAAACUCCAACACCUGGGUUCAAACCAUUUGCUCUUAAUCUCUAUUAAGUUAAUCAUCAGGCCUUGAGCUUUUUUAACUAGGUAUAAAUCACAAAAUUGAACAAUAAAUUAUACAGCAAUAAAUCUUUAUUUUUGAUA